GAUACAUCUACCAGUCGCUGUAGGGCGCCGUCCGUCCGGCAUGUCUUGUUUACGGUGAGGUCGGAAUACUACGCUGGUUUAACCAAACACGCCAGACAAGACCCCCAUCCCAUAGACAAGAGAAAGAGACAAGGAAGAGAAAGAGAGAGCAAGGGGAUGUUGACUUGUCCCUCUGACCCGCUCCCUCAGAUAGUUUUUCCAAUGGAUGAAGAUGCUAUUCCCCCAAACAGUUUCUGUAGUGCACCUCCCCACAGUGAACCUCCACCACCUCUCCUCCCCCUUUCCUCCAUCACUCCCAGCUGUGCAAAUGAUGGAAUAUCUGGACAUAGAAGAAGCGGUCGCAUUCAAUCACAAACUCCUAAAAAGACGAGUAACACAGACAGUCAAGCAGUGCAGAGACCAUCAAGACCAAACCGGACACCCUCAAAGAGAACUAGAGACACAGGCAGCAUGGUACAAGUGCCCCGGUCUGAGCAGCCAAGAGUUGAAAGCAUGCACAGACGUGAAAAACAAAACGAGGAGAAAUGUGACUUCAGUUUUGCAGCAGAGCAGCAGAAUAAGCAAAAUGAUCACAGGACUUCCCAGAAGAACCCAACUGUCUCUGCAGCAGAAAAUCUAGAAGAACAGUUUGCUGAUAAAACCUCACAGAACUGUAAUGCUACCAAAGUUGAGAUGGAUACAUGUGGUGGUUUGACCGUUGGACAUGGUGUUGAAAACGUGCCUGUCCCAAAAGGAUGGGUGAUCGGCCCCUUGUUUCAGUCUUUCAAGUCAAAGAUGGCCAGUUUCACAGAGAUCGUCAUGAGUCCUGUGAAACUCUUCCGUCCUCCACUCUCUUUGGACCAUCCAGAAAAGAUGGAUGAGUGUAAGCUUCAGGCUGAUGGGACAUCCGACAUGGAUUUAUCCAAACAGAAUGGUGCGUUUCCUCCAGUUACACAAAGAGAGAAUGGGGAUCAGGAUGCUGCUGAAGACGAAGAUGCACAAAAUACAAAGACUAUAAAAUAUUCUAAAAGGUUAUCAUUCGACUUGGCAGCAACACCGUUUGAAGAUGAAUGUUUGAUGACUCUGAAGGAAAGAGAUUCUCCUAGUCCUGUGCCUUUGUUACAAAAUCCCCUACCCCACUUUGUUUCUGAGGAAGUUUCCGAUUAUGUAGGGGCUUCACCCCAUGCAAGUGCCUCACAUGAAUCAGUGACAGAGAUAAACACAUUUAUGGAGGACCAAAAGCGCAAAUUAGCUGUUCGACUGAAACCACUACCAAGGAAAUGUACUGGAAAUAGAAGAAAAAUUGCCUCUAAAACUGUAUCAUCUGAUAUUAUAAAGGAAACUCCACCAGAGGUUAUUCAUGAGCAACUCUCUCUCAUUAAUUCAGUCAAAUCAAAUAAUGAUGAAUCCCCUUUAUUAUCUGUUCCAGAGUCGUCUGACAAGGACUCUCCUCACAUUGUUUGUGAUGCUGAUGUCGGACAAACAGAAAGUUGCAAUCUGGUUCGUCCAAAGAUUCGGAAUAAUAUAAAUAAUAGCGCCAAAAAAAGGAUGCUUAAGUCUGCUCUGGGAACUCUGUUAAAUCCUGAAACAUCUUCAUCUGUAAGUCUGGGGAGAACAAAGAGGGAGCGCAAACUAGACUGCAACUCCCAGGACUUUGUGAAGAGAAAGCGAUUGGCUGCUGAAAUACAUACAAAGGAUCCACACAAACAAGCGAUAUCAGAUGGUGGCAUGCUGACAAGGCUAGGAUCACCGAAAAAAGAAGUUAGCAGUAUGGAUGACAAAGAUACUCUAAAACCUGCUAGAAAAGGACCAGCUGUUUCAACAAGAGCAAAUUCGAAAGGAAAAAGUGCACAAAGAAUGCCUGCUGUGCUAAUUGAAGAAGCAUUACAGGCACAGACUAAAAAUUCCUCUAAUGGGAUGAUGGUUUGCUCGCUGGAUAAAAACAGUGAUGUGACAGAAACCACUAAAACAGGCAGCAACAGAAAGGUGAAGCCCUCUAGUUUAAGAAAAAGACCCCAGAAGACAACAACAGAUCUUGGUAACUCUGUUAACAGUAUGGAUCUCGAAACCACAGUGGCUAUCACCCAACUCAAGCAGGAGCCGCUGUCAGAAGUCCUCACCCGUCCUGAUAUAAAGCACCUCCAGACACCAGGCAGAUCCACAGAGAUAAAAAAGAAACAACUAAAGAGAAAAUCGCCAAAUCAAGCAGAACCAGACAGCACGCCAGUUUCUACCUCAUCCAUGACGCUAUCAGUGCAGCCAAUGGAACUCACACCGACUGAUUCUAAUGCCUCUCAACAGGAAGACAGCAGGAGCACGGAGCCUAAGAAGCCGUCCAAAAGACCCAAAAAGGGUCCAAGAGGUGUUGUUAAGCCAUCUGCGUGUGCUUGGGAUGGAGAGACAAAGCAAAGCGUUCCUAAUGUUUUGACAACCAAAGAGAACCAGUUUGAAGAUGGCAAAAGUUCAGUGGACCCUGUGUAUUUUGAAAUGACACCCUCUGAAAGUCAACCUUCACUUCCCCAGCAUCAGUUAGACUGUUAUGUAAAAUUAGAUAAUAUUGAUGAGCGUGUAAUGAAAGAGAAAGAAAAGAAAAGCACUCCUGUGAAAGAUGAAGCUUUUUCUUCAGAUGCUGAAGCUAACAUCGGCAGCAGUGUCUGCAUUUCUAGGCUACGUUCGACUGCAAGAGGGGUCACCUUCAGGCCCAGGAGAGUAGACAAACAAAGGAGGAGAUGUAGGGUUGUCCACAGUUGGAACCGUAAAGGUACAGACUUGACAGACUCUGUCACUAUGGAAGAUGCAGACCUGGCUACACGCUCAUCAGAGAGCAGCCCUUCAAGAAGCCUGUUACGCAGCUACUCCUGCCCAGAGAUACCAUCUCUCCGUCACCACGACACAUCCUGGACCUCCUCCCUGCAUUCGCCACAUCAUAGCAAGGUCCACACACCACAACAGCAUCAGUCCUCACACUCUCACUUCACCCAUCACUCCCACAAAUCCCUGCGGCGGGCCCGUCGACACACCGUCUGCAGUCUAGAAGUGGAGAGGGAGAUUGCCCCCCUCUGCCUUCGUAAGGAGGUGUACCCAACCAGGAGAUCCGUCCCAUACGACAGCUCCACCCAGCACCUGCCUCCAAGUGUAGCACUUUCUCCCACCACAUCCCUGACAGCUCUUGCUUCCUGUUUCCUCUCAAGCCCCCUGGCUUUCCUCUCCAAGAAGGACAAAGCUGUAGGGAGCCCCAGCUCCUCCUCUCAUGCUUCCUCUCCCUCCUCCUCUUCCUCCUUUUACCCACUGAGCCCCUCCACGUGGCGCCUUCCAGGAUUCCUACAAAGAGCUGACUCCUCUUGUGCUUCCUUGGAGUCUAGUAGCAGUGGGAACCCCUUGGAGUGUGAAAUCGAGAGGAGAGGGCAGAGUGAAGAGGAGGACGACGGUGAGGACACGAGCUCAUCCAGUCAGGAGUUUGAAGAUGUGGCGCUCAGAGAAGAAAAAGCAUUGUCUGAUUCUGAAAUCAAGGUGGUGCAAAAACUUGAGGAACGAGGGAAGGUGUCAUCUAUCAGAAUUCGGAAAACAUUACCCAAACCUCAGAACAACCUGACACCCAUGGGCCUGCCCAAACCUAUCAGGCUGAAAAAGAAGGAGUUCAGUUUGGAAGAAAUUUACACCAAUAAGAAUUUCAGCAAACCACCUGAAAGCCGACUGGAGACAAUAUUCGAGGUUCCUCUCAAUCGCCGGAACGGCUCAGAGUCCUGGUUCGGCCAGAGGCGUCUCAAACGGUUUUUGGAGUUCCUGGAGGUGGGUGAGGUCAGAAAGCCAAAGAAGCCUCUCGUCGGUGCUGGAAAGGCAGGAAACUCAUCGUCCAGGACGAGAAGGGGGGCCUUCCCUAAAGAAGAACCCUCCCUCAGUGUACAGGAUGUGGACUCGCUUCUCUGUGCCAAGCUGGAUCAGCUGAAUUUGUGGUUGAUGCACGAUCAGAAAGACAGCUGACGGAUUUCUAUUAAAAGUUGAUUUACGACAGCCAUGAAAGAACACAAUUCUGUUUACUAUUUCUAACAUGAAGAUUCACAGGAGUCUUCCAGAUCUAUUUUUAUCACCUCAGUCGUGUAUAUUUAUUGUGGUGACAAACAACUGAAGAACUUAUUUCCGUUCCUUAGCAUCUGGAGCUUGCAAGCUGAAGAACACAUACAUGCAUUUCCUCAAAAGUGCAGGCUGUAAACAUAGUGGUUAAAUUUAUUAUACAGUGAGCCUUUUUGUGUCAUCACUGCCCUCAAACAUCUCCGUCCAUCAUUCCCUGGCCACUUUCUCAGUGAAACCGUCUUGAAAGAGGAUUUCAGCUUUAACUUAACACUUCUUAAGUCAAAAUGUAUUUUCAGUAUUUGUUAAAUUAAAAUCCUGAGUUAGAAAUCCGAACACUUUUCCACAUUAGCGAUUGAUUGUAAGUUUUGUCUUUUCAAAAAUGAUCAUGCAGAUGAUGUUUGUUUUUCUUUUGCACUGUCUCUUUUGAAAGAAAGCUUUGCAUUACAUAAGCAGUGGUGCUCUUUCACAAUCCUAUUAAGUUAUUUUGAAAAGGCAGCUACUUUUUAUUCAGUGCAGACUAAAACUUUGUAAAAUUGCCAGGCAGAGAUUUGUUUUCACAGCAACCAAUUUCAAAACCAAGACUUGUUCUCUUCAGCUCGGGGCAGAGCCUGUUCUAUUAAUCAAUUAUUUGUUGAUGUUCUGGCUGGAGUGGUUUAUUGUUGUAUUGAUUUUAUUUUUUAGCACUUCAGAGAGCAUUUCUAACCAAGAGUCGAGCUUUCCUGGUUGUUUUUUAUUACCUGUGGAUCUCUCUGGGUUCUUUUGUGGUGUUUAUAUUAUAACUUCUCGAUAAAAUGCCUAUGAAAGUAAGAUCUUAUUGGCCAAAAUUUAUCAGGUUGCCUUAACUGUAAACUUUUCUGGUUUUAAAUGUUUUGUAGGCGUAUUUGUAAAUGUCGCUGGUUUUAUGAGGGCAUGUCGAGAUGUUUCAAGCACAAAAAGCACAGAAUUUUUCCUUGUUUUGUUAUAAAAUUGUUUUAUAUGUUUGUAUAAAAGUACAGCAUACUAAUACAUUUAUACUAUUUACAUGGUAACAAUGCAAUAAUGUCAAGAAACCAUGGCAACUGGAGCAGAAACCUAUGAUGUCCUGAUGAAGUGCUGCCAUGCCAUUUUCUUUCUAGCAAUGACCCAAUCCUCAAUGAUCACAUUUAUAUUGAUACGUUAUUGAUUGACUGUUAUUUAUUGCAUUAAAGGUGCAAACAUGUUGAGGAUUGGGUCAUUAGUGGGCAUAACAUUUCUAACCUUUAAUAUAUAAUGUAAAUGUUCUGUAGUGUCAUAGACUUUAGUUAAUGCUGAAUUUUAUAUGCUCAUGUAGAUUUUGCAUUGUCCAUAUGUUCAUACAUUGUUAAAUAAAUAUUACAGCGUAUAAAAAACAAAGUGUUACAGUUUAAUACCAUUUUGCAUGUAAAGAAAUGGUGUAGCAGAGUGUAAGUGCUGGUUUCUUCACACCUUUGUGGCCUUUAGGAGUUGAUGAUCUGCUUUGUACUGUCUUCCAUCAGUGUAUCUACUCAGCCAGUAUCAAAGGAGAAAUUGCCGUUGUUCUCUUCAAUCUAUCAGUGUGAAAAUAUAUGAGAUCAACGCCAUUAGAAUGGGAAUUGAAACCAGAAUCAAAAUCCAUAUCAUGAUGGAGGUGAUGCCUAAUUUUUUGGCCCGUCUCAAAUGCUUCGCAGCUACUGUGGGAUCUUCUGUCUUCUCA